UGUAUUAAAGAACCUGUCUUAAAAAUUAAAAUUACUUUUUUUUAAUAUUAUAUUAAAAAUAAAAAAUAGUUUUAAAUAUAGUGGAUUUUUUUUAAAUUAAAAACUAAAAUAUAAUUAUUACUGCAAAAAUAAAGGAAAAUAAAUACUUAGAAUUUUAUACACAAAAAAAAUGACAGUGUCAGCUGAAGAUAACAAUAAAAGUCUGGAAUAUGAAAAUGAAACAUUUUUGGAAAGCUUAAAUAGAUGGAGAAAAAAUAUGUUGUGGAGCAGAUUUUUUAUGUACACUAUAUGGGUCUCUAUUGCUUUAUAUGGAUUUUUGACUUUUCCCUACAAAACACACAAAUUAACAUUUAUAUGGUUGUUAAUUGUUCAUGUUUACGCUGCAUUUGGCACAUGUGGUGGUGCUCAUCGUUACUGGGCUCAUCGAUCAUUCAAAGCAAAUUUACCCCUUCGAAUUUUUAUGGCUUUUGGUCAUUAUUGCGCAGGCAAUUUCUCAAUAUACGAUUGGGUCAAAAUACAUAGAGUUCAUCAUAGAUAUACGGACACAGAUGCCGAUCCUCACACUGCAACUCGGGGUUUUGUCUUUUCUCACAUAGGAUGGUGGGUGCAAAAAAAACAUCCGGAAUUUCUUAAACGACUAAAGGAAUGUGAUAUGAGUGAUGUAAAAGCAGAUCCUGUGGUUGCUUUUGGAGAUAGACAUUUUGGCAAAUUUAUGACUCUAAUGAUUACCCUACCAGCACUUGUGCCAGUUUAUUUAUGGGGUGAAACUUGGUAUUGGUCAAUUAUGUCACAAUUUUUUAUGCGUUCUAUGCUAACAGUAAAUUCCAUAGCAUUAGUUAAUAGUGCAUCACAUUUGUUUGGAUCAAAACCAUUUGACAGCUCCAUAAUGCCAAGUGAAAAUUAUCUUGUCGUUCUUUUUUCAACUGGAGAAGGAUGGCACAAUUAUCAUCAUACAUUUCCAUGGGAUUAUCGUGCAGGUGGACUUGGCAAAUAUGAUUUUAAUUUAACUUCAUUUUUUAUCAAACAAUUUGGAAAUAUUGGUUGGGCCUACGAUUUAAAGACUGCAAGUGACGAUCUUAUUAAAUUGACUUGUAAAAAUAGAGGCGAUGGAAGUUACAAAAAAUUAUGGGAGGAAGUUCCUUUACCCGAAUAAAAUAUUUCUUUUCUACUUUUACGAAUUCAUAAAAUUACAUAUAAAACACUUUUUUGUUACGCAUUUAUUUAUUAU